AUGGUUCCCAGUGAAUUGGAAUCUCCCCUGCAAGAAUUCCCCUCUGACCUGAGACCGCUCAAUAGUGCUUCAGAGCACUGUUGGGGACUCAGUGCUAUUGGAAGAUUUGCACCAUCUUUCAAAAGCGACAUGAGUUUGACUGUGCUGCCACAGUGCUAUUUGCAUUUCCAAGAGCAACAAAAAAUGAAGAAGUCUUUGGUGUUAGUGUCUUUUGAGGAUGUUGCUGUGGACUUCACAUGGGAGGAGUGGCAGGACCUUGAUGAUGGUCAGAGGACUUUGUACAGGAGUGUGAUGCUGGAGACGUACAACAACCUGGUGUCAUUGGGGUACUGCAUUACCAAACCUGAAGUGAUCUUCAAGUUGGAGCAAGAAGCAGAACAAUGGACAAUAGAUUCCCAAAACCGGAGUCUACAAGGUCAGUAUGUCCUGGGCACUGAGGCUGGAAAGAAUGUUCAGAUAGUCAAAGCUCCAAUUACAAAAAGCCAAGAACGUCAUGAUACACAUUUGCAGGAUGUUGUAAUUACCAACAGCAAUACAUCAACUGAGGAGAAAGUUGAAAUAGAAGCAUUUCAUUUGAGCUCAAACUAUAUUUCAAAUUCAAUUAUAAAUAGCGAAAAGUAUUUAGGAAUGAAGUGCAAAGAGUUCAAUGUAUGUUUGAAUGCACUUCCUCCUAGAGAGGCUGAUUGGAUGCAUGCUGGAGAGAAAUCUGAUGAGGGUAAUAUAACUGGGAAAUUGUGGAGACAUUGUGAGCAUCUUAAUCAGCAUUCCAAGAUUCAUGCUCAGCAGCAGGCUUCUGAAUAUAGUGGACAAUGGAAAUCCUUCAACACAGAGCCAAUAUUAUUGGAACAGAAGAAAGUGUACAUGGGAGAGACAUCCUGUAUAUUUGAUUAUGGGAAAGUCUUUCAUAAGUCAGCUGUUCUUACCCAUGAGAUAAUUCCAGUAUCAGAGAAAGCUUUUCAGUUUGACAUAUGUUGGAGAAAGUUCUGUGAAAAUUAUGAACCCAAUGAACAGCAGAAAAUACACACAAAAGAGAAACCCUAUAAAUAUAGUGAAUGUGAUAAAUCAUUCAUGAAGAAAUUACCCCUUACAAUCCGUAAGAGAACACAAACAGGGGAGAAGCUAUAUUUGUGUAAUGAAUGUGGGAAAACCUUUCAUAAGUCCUCAAACCUCAGCAAGCAUGAGAGAAUUCACACAGGUGAGAGACCAUAUGAAUGUAGUGAAUGUGGAAAAACCUUUCAUGAGAAGUCAAAUCUCAGCAAGCAUCAGAGAAUUCACACAGGUGAGAAACCAUAUGAAUGUAAAGAAUGUGGAAAAACUUUCUACCGUAAAUCAUGCCUCAGUGCACAUCAGAGAUCCCACACAGGUGAGAAACCAUAUGAAUGUAAAAAAUGUAAGAAAGCUUUCAACCAUAAGUCAAACCUCAGGGUACAUCACAGAUCUCACACAGGUGAGAAACCAUAUGAAUGUAAAGAAUGUAGAAAAACUUUCUACCGUAAAUCAUGCCUCAGUGUACAUCAGAGACUUCACACAGGUGAGAAACCACAUGAAUGUAGCGAAUGUGGAAAAACCUUUCACAGGAAGUCACACCUCAGCAGGCAUCAGAGAAUUCACACAGGUGAGAAACGAUAUGAAUGUAGUGAAUGUGGAAAUACCUUUCACAGGAAGUCACACCUCAGCAGGCAUCAGAGAAUUCACAGAAGUGAGAAACUAUAUGAAUGUAGUGAAUGUGGAAAAACCUUUCAUUGGAAGUCUAACCUCAGCAGGCAUCAGAGAAUUCACACAGGUGAGAAGCCAUAUGAAUGUAGCGAAUGUGGAAAAACCUUUCACAGGAAGUCACACCUCAGCAGGCAUCAGAGAAUUCACACAGGUGAGAAGCCAUAUGAAUGUAGUGACUGUGGAAAAACCUUUCAAGAGAAGUCAAAUCUCAGCAAGCAUCAGAGAAUUCACACAGGUGAGAAACCAUAUGAAUGUAAAGAAUGUAGAAAAACUUACUCUAGUAAAUCAUGCCUCAGUGUACAUCAGGGAACCUCACACAGUCUUAAGCAUGCAUCAGAGAUUCACACCGAUGAGAAGCCCUAUGUAUAUAAUGAAUGUGGAAAAACUUUUCACCAGAAGUCAAACCUCAGCAAGCAUUGGAGAAUUUACACAUGUGAGAAUCCAGAUGAAUGUAAAGAAUAUAGGAAGCCUUUCUACAGUAAAGCAGACCUCAGUGCCCAUCAAAGAACUCACACAGUUGUGAAACCAUAUGAAUGUAAUGAACGUACGAAAUCUUUCUACCAGAAAUCAAACCUUACAAGUCAUGAGCACACUUCAGGAUGUAUCAGAGAACUCACGUAA